AUGAAUUGUCAGUAUGGUUGUCUAGUCUAUUUGACUGUACUUAAUGGAAUAGGCGACAAAGACGACUCGACUGAGGAUCAACAGUUAUUAUCGUGUCACUACAUACAAUAUAAUAUUGAGGAUCGUGAUCCUCAUUUUGAUUCAAACCAAGUUCGUCAUCGCGAUCGUGAUUUCGAUUCAAAUAAAGUUCCUGAUCGUGAACGUGAUCGUGAUAGUUAUUAA